GAAGUGAGCAAUAGCCAGAAAAAGAAAAUGUGACUUUAAAAUGACCACAUACGUUUAGCAUAUUGUACCCUUUAAAUGUCGUUUAAAUGUGUUUUUCCUGCAGUUCCAUCGAGUACCUAUAGGGGGCAAUAGAGCAGGUAGGCUUCUGUCCAUGGUACUGAAGGUUGAACUCCAACUGUCCAUCAACUGUUCUCUGUCAGAGGUGUUGACUUGGUCCAAGCGAUCCGGUCAUUCCAUGUGGGGGUGGUCAGAGAUGAAGGCCAAGUUUUAAGGACAAGCUCGAAUGCUCCAUUAAACGUUGGUGUGUGGAGAUGUCGACGAGGAGGGGGAGGGGAGGGCAUUAGUCUGAACCUAAGAUGAGCCAAGACACUACAGAGACACGAACACGAACCCGCUCCAAAGGCAUUCGAGUUUUGUCAGAAACCUCCGGACAUGAGAUGAAGCAUGAGCUGAGUAGCAGUUGUCCCAUCCCUGGAUGCGAUGGCAAAGGUCACGUCAGUGGAAGAUACUCAAGGCACAGAAGUGCACUGGGAUGUCCAACCGUAAAGAAGAGAAAGCUGGAGGAGGCAGAGGCUGAGGAGAACCAGUCUUCCCCCAAGAAGAAGGGUCAGUCCGCUGUAAUGGAAGAAGAAGAAGGCUUCACAACGCAUAAUGACACAGACGAGGAAGAGAAUGAGCAGAAAGAGGAGAAAGAAGAGGAAGACCUCAAAGAGAAAGAGAAAAGCAAAGCAAACAGCGGAUCGGAAUCAAUACAAAACAGCUGCUCCCUUCUGAUGAAAGAAGACAAUGUUGUUGCGGAAACUGUUGUCUGUGCCACAACUAAAGACGGCGACAACAUCGCAGUGGAGACUGAGAAUGAAAUUGUGACUGAAGAACCCGGUCGGGAUGAGAACCUGGCAAGAGCAGAACAACCGACUGAUGAUAAUCAAGACAAAACAGACACGAGGCCGGAAAUAAUCGAAGGCAAGGAGGCAACGGCGCGCCCUCAAAGUGACUUUAAGAGAAGUGAGGUGGAACAUACUAGAGAGGAGGAUGACGAGGAGCAGGAGGAGGAACCAGAAGAGCAGACUGAAGACGAAAAUAGAUUUGCUGACGACAGGUCAGUAGGAAGACAGACACUGAGUCAAGAAAACUCAGAUCACCAGUACUCCACUGGACAUUACAACCAUCACCAGGUCAACGAGUCAGCAGAGGAGCAGAGAAAGAGGGAACCUAAAGAGGAGGAGGAGGAGGAGGAUGAAGAGGAGAGAACCCAACAAGAGGUUGAUACCCCUUACUCCAUGAGUCCACAUAGUCAAGCAUCUCAGGAAUCUCUUGAUGAGGAAAAGGUCUGCACUCCCAAGGCUGAAGAAGACGCAUACAAAGCACCGGCGGGAAGAGAAGAUGCAAACAGGCAGGAGGAGGAGGAGGAGGAAGUAAACAAAGUGCAAGUGGAGGUGGAGGAAGAGGAGGAGGAGGAGGAGGAGGAGGAAGAAGCUGAAGAAGCUGAAGAAGCUGAAGAUCAUUCCUCCAGCAAAGUCUCUCCGACCACCGUGGUCAUCGAGGUGCGCUCCGAAGAGGAGGACGACGAGGAAGAAGAUGAGGAUGGAGAGGAGCAUGACUGCAUCUCAGAGGGCUCAGGGAUCACCGACGAUUCUGAGAACUGGGAUAUGACCCGAGGCAACCUGGGGCUGCUGGAGCAAGCCAUUGCCUUGAAGGCUGGCGAGGGGCAGGAGGGCCAAGAGGCUCAGAGCUCCCAAGACUACCAACCGUACAACAGCCCCAGCAAGAGCGCAGACGCUGCGCUCCGACGCAGCGCUCACUACAGCAAAGACAAGAAGGAAGUCAAGUGUCCAACCCCUGGAUGUGACGGGACAGGUCACGUGACUGGACUGUACCCUCACCACCGCAGUCUGUCGGGGUGUCCUCACAAGGAUAGAAUCCCUCCGGAGGUCCUGGCUAUGUAUGAGAACGUCUUGAAGUGCCCCACACCUGGCUGCACGGGCCAAGGCCAUGUCAACAGUAACCGCAACACGCACCGCAGUCUGUCCGGUUGCCCCAUUGCUGCUGCAGCUAAGCUGAACAAGAGCCAGGAUAAGCAGGUCCAUUUACAGACUCCAGUCAGUGAACCCACGUCCAACUCUGACAGGGUGCUCAGGCCCAUGUGUUUUGUAAAACAGCUGGAGAUCCCCCAGUAUGGCACCUACAGGCCCAACACGGUCACAACCACACCUCGAGCAAACCUGGCCAAGGAGUUGGAGAAAUACUCGAAAGUGUCUUUUGACUAUGCAAGCUUUGACGUCCAGGUGUUUGGAAAGCGCAUGCUCGUUCCAAAGACAACCGCGACUGAAACAUCACCCAAAGCCUUCAAAACUAAAUCCUUCACGAAGGCCUCCUCCCCAACCCGGACAGGAUCAGGAGGCAUUUCGAAGACAACUUUGUCCCCCAAUGAGUAUGACUGCAGUCAAGAUGCUGAGGCAGCCCAUAUGGCGGCAACAGCCAUCCUCAACCUGUCCACUCGCUGCUGGGAAAGACCAGAGACCCUUAGCACCAAUCACAGGGAGCCCUGCACUGAGCAGCCUGAUAUUGAAGUGGAUGAGAACGGCACCUUGGACCUCAGCAUAAAGAAGACCAAGAGAGAGAGCGUGCAGUCUCCAGAGCCGUCAUCGUCCUCUUCCACAUCUUCUCAACACACAGGAGGUGUGUUAUCUCAGGGCCACGCUCAGCCUGAGUGGGAGGGGCCGCUCGACUUUACCAAAUCAAGCAGUGUAAAGGAGGAUGGCCACGAUGAGGUGGAUUAUACAGCUACCUCAUACACCUCAUCUGAUGUGGAGGAUGAGGACCAGGAGAACUUGGAGGACAGGAAGUACCCCGGGGAAGUUACUACCAGCAGCUUCAAGGUCAAGUUCCCACCCAAAGACAGUAAAAAAGACAUUCUUGUAUGUCCCACCCCAGGCUGUGACGGUAGUGGACACAUCACUGGCAACUAUGCAUCACAUCGAAGUCUAUCAGGCUGUCCUCUUGCAGAUAAAUCACUACGGACACUCAUGGCUGCCCACACAGCUGAACUUAAGUGUCCGACUCCUGGCUGUGAUGGAUCAGGCCACAUCACAGGAAACUAUGCCUCACAUAGAAGUUUGUCCGGAUGCCCUCGAGCCAAGAAAGGUGGAGUCAAAUCCAACCCCACAAAGGACGAUAAGGAUGACUCGGAGUUAUUGCGUUGUCCCGUCCCCGGCUGUGACAGUCUGGGCCACAUCAGUGGGAAGUACGCCACGCACCGCAGCGCCUACGGCUGUCCUCUGGCAGCACGUCGACAGAAGGAGGGUCUCCUUAAUGGCACCCCCUUCUCGUGGAAGACUUUCAAGACCGAGGGCCCGACCUGCCCGACACCUGGCUGUGACGGCUCCGGACAUGCCAACGGGAGUUUUCUGACGCACCGCAGUUUGUCAGGUUGUCCCAGAGCACUGGCCGGCAAGAAGAAAGCCAAGUUCCCUGGAGACGAGUACAUCACCGCCAAGUUCAGAGCGAGUGACGUUCUGGACAACGACGAGGACAUCAAGCAGCUCAAUCAGGAGAUCAACGAGCUGAGCGAGUCCAAUUCCGAGAUGGAGGCUGACAUGGUGAAUCUUCACACCCAGAUCUCCUCGAUGGAGAAGAACCUGAAGAGCAUGGAGGAGGAGAAUAAGCAGAUCGAGGAGAAAAAUGAGGCCUUGUUUCUGGAGUUGUCUGGUCUGAGUCAGGCACUGAUCCAGAGUCUGGCCAACAUCCGCCUGCCAACCAUGGAGCCGUUGUCAGAGGACAACUUUGACAGCUACGUGGAGACCCUGACUCACAUGUUCACCAAUAAGGACUGCUACCAGAACCCGGAGAACCGAGCUCUGCUCGAGUCCAUCAACCAGGCGGUAAAAGGAAUCGAGGUGUGACGCGUUCAUGGAACAGGACAUGACGGAUAGUUUGUGGCAGAAUCUUCUCAUUUGGAACAUUGCCAUCUGUUCUUUGUAUAUUUCUUUGCUCUUGUGUAUACUUUUCCUGUUUGCAUGUUGCUUUAGGACAAUGAGAGUGGGAACACACACACACACACACACACACACACACGGCAGUCCAACUGCUACCGUGACGUUUGGCAUGUGAAACGUGCAGAAGAUAGAUUUCCUUGCUGAACAUAUCCUAUGUCCACUCUAUAAUGUUGGUAGUAUUCUGUAAGAUCAUAGUGAAGUUCCACCUACUGGACUAGUUUUUUCUAGCUUCAUUCUUACUAUUGCUGUGUGACUACUCGUCAUUUGCAAAUGUUGGCUCAUUAUGAUAUAUUUAUCCAUGUCGUGUAUAUGAUUACGUUUGUCUGCUAUUAUUUAUCAACUAUUUAUUCACGGUUUAAUUUUAAUGUGUUACCUGAGAAGAUUUUAAAAGCAGGAGACUAAAAAGCAAAUGAACAAGAGAAGGGAAAAACUUUCCUCAGCACUGAUGAACAAAGGACAUAUUUUAAGAUAUCAACUAUGAAUUGUUUUAUAAAGUUAUUUAUUUAAAAUAUUGGAAUCUUUUUACAGUAAAUGCAAACAUUUUGUAUAUGAAAGUUUUGAAAUAAUUUAAUAACGACUUUUUAUUUAUUUAUUAAUGCUUCUGUUUUUAUGAUUUUUGACAAUAUGCGUUGGGAGUAUUUUGCAAUUCGCUGAAAAUAUUGAACUGCACUGAUGUUGAUGAACAAAGUGACGUGUGAAACAAAGUGGUGGUGAUACUCAUUUUGUUGUGUCUACGUGUGAUGAUGACUGUGUAUGGAUUCUCUGUGGUAGUUUUUGAAAUAAACGUUGACCAACAUUUUGGACUGUAUCUCU